GACUUUUAUUUUGAAAUAUCAACGACGGAACUCGCAAAGGUUCAAAGGUCUCUUAUCCGCUUCCGCGUUGUCCGAAUUGGAACGAAGUCGGAUAGAAGAGUUUUAAAAAUACUUCUCGCAGAGCACCUACGCUCAACCAGGCAGGGGAAAACAAAAAAAAGGCAGUGUUGUAAUGUCAGCUGACGGCCUCCUGCUGCUGAGCUACUGACCCACCAACACCACCAUCAUGUCUCUGGGGGACAACCCUCACCUGCUGCUCGGCAGGGUCCGCUUUCUCAACCGCUGCAUCGAGUGUUUCAAGAGGGGCGAGGCGUUGCCGGAGUGUCUCUGUUACGUCCCCAAGGAGGUGUGCUACAAGAUCUGCAAGGAUUCGUCGUCCGCCUCCUCGGCCUCCACCGGAGCGUCCGCGGGAGGCUCCACCGCGGGGAAGACGCUCGUCGCCGUCUUCGAGAGUCCGCACCAGGCUCCGCAGGUCAAGAGAUGCGCCAAGUACAACAUAGAACCGAGGAAAGGGACCUGCGUGCGGACAACGGGGGAGGAAUAUUGCAACAGCCAGGGCCUGUGGGUCAAAAUCAAUAAGGAGCAACUGGAGGAGCACCGCCCGGCCCAGGAGCUGGAGGAAGGCUGGAUCCUGGUGUGUAAACACAAAGAGGGAGGCGACAGGCUGGUGCCGGUGGAGUCGCCGGAAACCACCAGUAGACAACAGCAGCUCUUCGGCUAUGACCACAAGCCCUGCAACAGGUGGGAGCAGGUGGUAAGCGUGGAGAACGCGCUUUACAUGGGCUCCAAGCCCCAAAUCGCUGAGUGCGACGAGGCCGCUGUCCAAAAGCUGAGGUAUGUUCCUCCCACCUGGGCAUAUGAAUGUGACGAGGACUUGGUGCAUUACUUCUAUGACCACAUAGGGAAAGAGGAUGAGAACCUGGGCAGCGUGAAGGAGUGCGUCACCAGCAUCGAUGUUUCCUCUUGUUCGGAGGAUCCCACCGGAGGGGCGAGCUGUCUGACGGACGGCGACACUGAAACCUACUGGGAAAGCGAUGGCAUGCAGGGACAACACUGGAUUCGGCUGCACAUGAAGAGAGGCACUGUGGUCAAUAAGUUGAUAUUGACCGUGGACUCUACGGAUGAUAACUACAUGCCCAAGAGAGUCACCGUGUACGGAGGAGAGGGAGACAACCUGAAGAAGCUGAGUGACGUCACCUUAGACGACAACCUGAUUGGAGAAGUAUGUGUCCUGGAGGACAUGACGUCCCACCUGCCCAUGAUUGAGGUCCGGAUUGAGGAAUGUAGAGAUGAGGGAAUCGAUGUCCGGAUCCGAGGAUUAAAGAUCAAGUUAUCGUGUGAAAGAGACCUGGGUCUAAACGCUGAUGUUUUCCAGUCCUCUAACUUGGUGCGUUACCCCCGUCUGCAGGGCAACACGCCCGAAGUCCUGUACCGCAGAGCACUGGUCAUACAGAGGUUCAUUUGUCUCCUGGACACUGUGCUCCAACACUUGGUACCAGCCUGGGACUACAGUCUGGGUACCUUCAACCACAUCAAAAGCAUAAAGCAGUUCCUGCUGCUGUCCAAACGCCGCUCGGCACUCAUCACGCAGUGCCUGAAGGACUCCGAGACCAGUAAGCCAAACUUCAUGCCCCGGCUGUACAUCAACAGACGCCUCGCCAUGGAACACAGAGACAACCCCUCUCUGGACAGCAGCUGCAAGAACACCGUUUUCAAUCAGGUGUAUGAAGGCCUCAAGCCAUCCGACAAAUUUGAGAAGACUUUGGAUUAUAGAUGGCCUGCGCGCUAUGAUCAGUGGUGGGAAUGUAAGUUCAUUGCAGAGGGAAUCAUUGACCAGGGAGGAGGAUUUCGGGACAGCCUGGCUGACAUGUCUGAGGAGCUGUGCCCAAGCUCAGCAGAGUGUCCCAUGCCUCUGCCAUUCUUCAGCCGUACGUCCAACCAGGGCUCCUUGGAGGCCAGAGAUUACUACGUGCCCAACCCGUCCUGUAAAGAGUUCCACAAGUAUGAGUGGAUCGGUCAGCUCAUGGGCGCCGCACUCCGAGGGAAAGACUUUUUGGUGCUGGCUCUGCCCGGGCUGGUGUGGAAGCAGCUGACUGGGGAGGCCGUUAGCUGGAAUAAAGAUUUCCCAGCUGUAGAUUCGGUUCUGGUGAACCUGCUGGAGGCCAUGGAGAACUUGGACCAGGAGACGUUUGAGUUCAGGUUCGGUGAGGAGCUGGUGUACACUACCCUGCUGAGCGACGGCCAGAUGGUGGAGCUCAUCCCCGGUGGAAGUAAUGUGGCCGUUCGCUAUGAGGACCGCAGCGAGUUCAUCCGCCUGGUGCAGAAGGCUCGGCUAGAGGAGAGCAAGCAGCAGAUUGCGGCCAUGCAGGCAGGGCUGCUGAAGGUGGUUCCUCAGGCGGUGCUUGACCUGCUCACCUGGCAGGAAGUAGAAAAGAAAGUGUGUGGAGACCCUGAGAUCACUGUUGAAGCCCUGAAACGACUCACACGAUAUGAGGAUCGUGAACAAAGUGACGUCCGAGUGCAAUACUUAUGGGAAGCACUGACAAGCUUCACUAAUGAGGAUCGAAGCAGGUUUCUGCGGUUCGUAACCGGUCGAAGUCGUCUUCCUGCACCUAUCUACGUCUUUCCAGACAAACAAGGGUCCGAAACCACCGAUGCACUUCCACGGUCGUCCACAUGUUCCAGCACUCUUUAUUUACCCAACUAUCCAAGUGCUAAAGUUUGUGAGGAGAAGCUACGCUACGCUGCUUACAAUUGUGUGGCCAUCGACACUGACAUGAGCCCCUGGGAGGAGUGAUCUGUCGUGCUUCAAUGAGCCAACACCACCACUGUGUGAAAUCAUGGCAUGUGUUUCACCAUAUCUACACAACAGUCAAUUAAUCCAUGCUGUAUAUGAUAAAUAAUUGGAAAUAUUACAAUUACUUUUGUUUUUUUUGUGGGGGGAUUUUAUUGUUCUGAAUGAAACUGAAAAUGAAGGGAUGUGUUUUAAUUUGUUUUAGAAUUUGUGGAAGGUUUUGAUGUCAAUGGGACAUUAAAAUGUAGUGGUUUGACUUUUCUUCAUAAGUAAUGUUGUACAAAUAAAACUAAAAACAGCAUCCAUCCACUCA